CAUCUUACCAUAGUAGACUAAUAGUAUAUAGUAGUUGUAAACAACUGUCUUAUCUACAUUCUACAAUCAUGUAUACACAUUGCUACAUGUGUAACGUGAUAAUCAUCAUUUAACUAAGUCAAACCACGUUUAGGCAAGUUAAUUGAGACGCGUUUUCUGAUAGUCAAAGGAAGCCUAUAAAACGGCUUCUUCUUCUUUUCCAUCAUCACCCAUUAAUCUCUUCUCCUUUCAGACAAAUCUUGUUUUUUGUUUUUGUUUUGUUAUAUAUUCUUAUUCUUCCACAAAGAAGAAGACAUUCCGCGGACAUGGCGGGAAACGGAAACACUGACGGAGAAUUCAGUUUCUCGGCUGCGGCUGCGCGUGAUGCGCUUCCUCGGAUCACCACGGAGAAGGGAGCCAAGUCUACGACGUCGAGUGACGUGUGCCACGACGACACCGCGUCACGAGGCAACUUUCAGACCAUCGAUCAGCUCCACAGUCUCCAGAAGAAACGAUCUGCACCGACCACUCCUCUCAAAGAAGGAGGUGGCGUAGUGAUGGGAACCAGUGGCCCUACCACUCCUGUCUCCGGUGAGAGUAUGCUUCAAUCAGUCAGUGCAUCGUUGGCUUCGUUGACGAGAGAGACAGGACCGAAGGUAAUCAGAGGAGAUCCGACGUCGGCGGCUAAAGUGGCACACGUGCCACAAACUCCUACGUCAGUUCCGGCUGCUGACGUCAGCGACAGUUCUCUGAAAUUCACUCACGUCCUUCACAAUCUCUCUCCCGCAGGUAACCAUCCAAAACGCAACCCAUCUUCAUUAACAAGAUUUGAUUACAUAUUUUACAAAACAAAACGUCACAUUUUGAAUUUUAUGGUUGCAGAAUUGUACGAGCAGGCCAUAAAAUAUGAGAAAGGAUCGUUCGUGACUUCCACCGGUGCGUUGGCCACUUUGUCGGGAGCCAAAACUGGUCGGUCUCCUAAAGACAAGCGUGUAGUUAAGGAUGAGACAACUGCGUCCGAGCUCUGGUGGGGAAAAGGCUCACCAAAUAUCGAAAUGGAUGAACAAAGUUUUUUGGUGAACCGAGAAAGAGCUGUUGAUUACUUGAACUCUUUGGACAAGGUGUUUGUGAAUGAUCAAUACCUAAACUGGGACCCAGAGAACAAAAUCAAAGUCAGAAUAGUAUCAGCAAGAGCUUACCAUUCACUUUUCAUGCACAACAUGUGUAUCCGUCCAACACCCGAAGAGCUAGAGAAUUUCGGGACACCUGAUUUCACGAUCUACAACGCUGGAAAAUUCCCAUGUAACCGUUUCACUCACUACAUGACAUCAUCGACAAGUGUCGACAUAAACCUAGGAAGAAGAGAGAUGGUGAUUCUAGGGACACAAUAUGCUGGAGAAAUGAAGAAAGGACUCUUCGGUGUGAUGCAUUAUCUGAUGCCUAAGAGAAAGAUUUUGUCUCUUCACUCCGGUUGUAACAUGGGAAAAGAUGGAGAUGUUGCUCUCUUUUUCGGUUUAUCUGGAACCGGAAAGACUACAUUGUCUACCGAUCAUAACCGAUAUUUGAUUGGAGAUGAUGAGCACUGUUGGAGUGAGAGUGGAGUCUCGAAUAUUGAAGGUGGUUGUUAUGCGAAAUGCAUUGAUUUAUCGAGGGAGAAAGAACCUGAUAUCUGGAACGCUAUCAAAUUUGGAACUGUUUUGGAGAAUGUUGUGUUUGAUGAGCAUACAAGAGAAGUGGAUUAUACAGACAAAUCAGUGACGGAGAACACACGUGCGGCUUAUCCUAUUGAGUAUAUCCCUAACUCAAAGAUACCGUGCGUUGGACCACACCCUAAGAACGUGAUCCUAUUGGCUUGUGAUGCUUUUGGUGUGCUGCCGCCAGUCAGCAAGCUGGAUCUUGCUCAGACUAUGUAUCAUUUCAUCAGUGGAUACACUGCUCUCGUUGCAGGAACAGAGGAAGGAGUUAAGGAGCCAAGAGCGACUUUCUCGGCUUGUUUUGGUGCUGCUUUCAUUAUGCUUCACCCAACCAAAUAUGCAGCUAUGUUAGCCGAGAAAAUGCAAGCUCAAGGAGCCACCGGUUGGCUUGUUAACACCGGCUGGUCUGGUGGAAGCUAUGGAUCUGGAAGUCGCAUCAAGUUGGCGUAUACAAGAAAGAUUAUUGAUGCUAUACAUUCGGGUAGUCUCUUGAAUGCAACUUAUCAGAAAACUGAGAUUUUUGGUUUGGAGAUUCCAAAUGAAGUUGAAGGAGUGCCUUCUGAGAUUUUGGAGCCUAUGAAUGCAUGGGAAGACAAAGUGGCUUAUAAGGACACAUUGUUGAAGUUGGCUGGUUUGUUUAGAAACAAUUUUGAGACAUUCACAAGUCAUAAGAUCGGAGAAGAUGGAAAGUUGACUGAAGAGAUUCUUGCAGCUGGUCCAAACUUCUAAAGUGAUGAAGAUUAUGAUGAUGAACCAACAAUGUUUUCAAAAAGUACAACAACAUAUAAAAAAAAUAAAGUGAAUAAAGGAGAGAGUCGACGAAUUUCAAGAAAACUCCAUUUGAUUAUCAAUCAUAUAUUUUUCCAAUUGAAGUGAGAACUAUAAUUAUUAUUUUCUUUUCAUGAAUGUUUGUUUACUCACAAAAUAAGUUUA